CAAUAUUUGCACUUGUCAAAGAUGUCUGCGCUCUGUGCUAUGCGGAAGAAUCAGUCUUUGGCCAUACCAUUUGUGGCUUUAAGAGGGCUACACACUACAUCAGCAGCUCAUGCCAGACCCAUACCCAAGAAACAUAUCGGUGUUGGUCGCUUCAGAAUCAGCAAAGACAGGUCAAUACCCCUGACAUACGAUGAAGCCAAGGCAUCAUUUCGCAUUGGUGAAGAGAAGUCUUGGAACACAUGGAAUACAAGUAAUUUAAAAGAUGAAGGUCGCCAAAGCCGAACAGUGACGGAAGAUCAAUUUAUCCGCAACUUUAUUGAUGGAACAUGGCACAAUAAACAAGCAACGGACAUAGUGAUAAAACGCAGACAUAAUAUGAUUGCUAUUUUCAUGUACAUUUUGGCUCCAAGGGAUCUUCAGCCAGUUUACUUCCUUACAGGAUAUACCGAAGAGCUGCUAUCAUGUUUGCUUAAGUGUCCAGUAAAGUUGGAACUACAAUCUUUAAAUAAGGCAUCCGACUUAACAUUUAAAAUGAUAUAAAAUAUAGACAUUCACAAUCCAUGUUCGUUUGGAAUAGUAAGACUAUCAUUAUGGCAGUAUUUAGUGUAAUGAUGUAAAAUAUGGAACUGUUGAGGAUAUAUUGAAAUUUAAUGGUAGUAUUUAGUGUAAUCUCAAUUAUCUGUUUUUAUCCUGAUGUCUUUUUCAAGAAUAAUUACCUUGAUGGUUUUAAAUUGAUGCCACUUGAAGUUUUAAAGUCUAAAAAGUACCAACAUUUAAGUUGGUGGAUGCAUUUACAAUACAUGAUGGCUUUUUGAUGGCAUAGAGCAUUGUAAACUGACCCAGUGACCUUCAUGUAUACGUACAUAUAUACAUUUGCAUGAUAUUGCUUGUGAAUAAAAGAUGGCUCUAUUAAAUAGGGA